CGGAUCUGUCCUGCUAUUGGCUAUUUUUAUACAGGAAGACCAAUCAAUAGUUGUAUUAGGUAGGGCGGGGCCAGACUCAGGCAGGCCCCGCCCCUCGUUCCAGCGCCCACCUGCGCGGGUCCCAGCGGUGGAAUAUGGUUGAAGAGCAGGGCGGAAGCCUACCCGAGGUGCGGGCGCGGGUCAGAGCCUCCCAUGGCAUCACCGACCUGGCCCGCAAGCUCCGCUUCUAUGACCGCUGGGCUCCGGACUAUGACCAGGACGUGGCCACCCUCCAGUACCGUGCCCCCAGCCUGGCCGUGGACUACCUCGCCCAGGCCCUCAAGGGCCCUCCUGGAGCUGCCUUGGUCCUGGAUGUGGCCUGUGGCACCGGCCUGGUGGCUGCUGAGCUGCAGGCUCGUGGCUUCAUCCAGCUGCAUGGGGUGGAUGGGAGCCCAGGAAUGCUGGAGCAGGCACAGGCCCGAAGACUCUACCAGAGCCUCAGCCUCUGCACCCUGGGCCAGGAGCCCCUACCUAGCCCUGAAGGGACCUUUGAUGCAGUGCUGAUGGUAGGGGCCCUGAGUGACGGCCAGGUGCCCUGCAGCGCUCUCCCUGAGCUCCUUCGAGUGACCAAGGCAGGUGGGCUGGUGUGCCUCACCACCAGAACCAACCCCUCCAACUUGAGCUACAAGGAGACACUGGAGGCUGAGAUGGCCAGGCUAGAGCAGUCUGGGGCGUGGGAGCGCCUGAUGGCCCAGCCUGUGGACCACUGGGAGCUGGCCACUGCCAAGCACGAGCUGCCACCUGAUGCAGCCAAUGACAGUGACGGCUUCAUCUCAGGCAUUGUGUACCUGUACAGGAAGCAGCCUGCCACCCUGGGGGAUGGAGGGAAGGAGGCCUGAGCCAUCUUACCCCAAGCAGAGCUGCAUUAAAAGAAGCCUAGCAGCUCUGGGA